AUGGGCCGGACAAAGAUUUGGCUUGAUUGCGACCCCGGGCAUGACGAUGCGAUGGCGAUCAUGCUGGCCGGCCACAGCCCCAGCGUGGAGCUGCUGGGCCUAUCGACAGUGGCCGGCAACCAGACCGUGGAGAAGACCACCGUCAACGCCCUCCGCGUGCUCUCCCUCGCCGACAUCCGGGGCGUCGAUGUGGUGAUGGGCCAGGGGGCGCCGUUGAUGCGCGAGAGCAAGGUGUGUCCGGAGAUCCACGGCUCCAGCGGGCUGGGCACUCGCUCCGGCCAGGAGGUGCCCGACCUGCCGCCCGUCGGCCGCCUCAUCCCCAAAAAAGGUGCACUCUCUCAGACCUUAGCGAUCGUGCACAUGUACGACGUGAUCUCGCAGCACGGCGACGGGGAGGUGGUGCUGGUGGCCACCGGUUCGCUGACCAACGUGGCGCUGCUGCUGAUGGUGUUCCCCGAGGUCAAGGCCAAGCUCGCGCAGAUCGUGCUCAUGGGCGGCGCCAUGGGCAUCGGCAACACCGGACCCGUCGCCGAGUUCAACAUCCAGUGCGAUCCCGAGGCCGCCAAGGUGGUCUUUGAGUGCGGCGUUAAGCUCGUGCAAGUGACGCACACGUGCCUGGUGACGGACGAGGUGGUGAAGGCGCUGGAGGCGUUCGACUCCCCCUUCGGCCGCCUCAUGAUAGACCUUCUCCAAUUCUUCGCCCAGACCUACAAGGAUAUCUUCUUCUUCGACUUCCCUCCUCUGCACGACCCCCUCACCAUCGCCUACGUCAUCGACCCGUCCAUUUUCCAAACCAAGCUGCUGCGAGUCGACAUCGAAACGAGCAGCGAGCUCAGCUAUGGACAGACCGUGGUGGAUGUGUGGCAGAUGAGCCUCAAGCCACGCAAUGUGCACGUCGCCCAGCGCGUCGAUGUGCCUGCCUUCUGGGAGCUGAUGCUGGCGGCGCUGCGCAAGGCCAACGAGCGGAGUCCGCUCAACUCGCUCCCCGCUGGCGCUCCAAGCGAGGAGGUGGCCGGCGAGGUCAAGCAGGCCAUGGAGCCCACGGACGACACCAGUGCGCGCGAGGCCGGCCUGGCCGCGCCCCUACCCGAGCGGCCCAUGGUGCCCCACUAA